GAGAACCGUGCCCACGUGAAUAUCAAUGGCGUUGCGGUGGUCGUCGUCUGGCAGGGCAUCUCCGAGGGCGGCGCAGGGGGGCCGCAGUUCCUUCCGUGCUACAUGGAUGGCCUCCCGCGGGCUUCGCAUGCCGCGGGGCUGGGGGUGGGGCUCGGGGUCAGGGGCGACAUGGUGGGCACUAUCCGGAGCGCCCUCCAGGAGGGGUCCCAGCUGCCGCCAGGCGCGGCGCUGGCGGCAGACCCGGACCUGGAGGCAUCCGCCCUCCUCGCCUUGGACCGGUCCGCCCCGCGGCGGCUUGUCGCAAUCCCCCAUGCCGAUGAUCCGGAGAAGGCCAGCCCCCACACCAAGGCCACGAAGCACGCGGUCCUGGUCUCAGGUGGCCCAGCAGCUCGGGAGGCAGCCCAGUCGGCGCGGUCGCUCGAGCUGCGGCUGCGCGGGGAGGCGCCAGUCCAGUUGGGCCUCGUACAGGUGCACAAGUGGCUCGGCCUCCCAUGGCGCGGGGACCUGGACCUGGGCGCCAUGUGCCGCAUGCGCCUGGCGGCGGCGGCGGCGCAGGUGGCCAGCGGCGAUGUCCCCCUGCCGGUCGCGGCGAGCAUCUUCGACAUGAAGAUAGAGGGCGGCCUCCGAUUUGGGCGCUGGCUGUGGUGCGUUGGGGAGGGCAGCGCCGAAGCGGUGGAUGAGGCUUACCAGAGCUGGGCCAGGGCGCUCCUGGGUGCCCCCCCAUGGCGCACCUCCAUGGUGGCGGAGGCGGAGCUGGGAUGGACAGUGUCUGGCGCGGGCAGAGGAGUCAUUGACGUAGCGCGCCGCAGGGCGGGUCCUUGGGCCCUCCAGGAGGGAGACCUCUACCGGGCGGUCUUCCAGGCUGCCCAUGGUUGGACAGGCUUGUCCUGGGCAAGCAGGUCCCUGGCGCUCCUGGCCUCCUGGGGGGUGGACGACUGGCCAGGCUGGGCGCGGGCCCACCCGGGGGAGCAGCGCGAGGCUUACAUUGCGGACGUCUCCUCCCAGGUCUCGCGCAGGUGCCUGGCGGAGUGGCAGGCCAGGGCGCGCCAGCAUGAACGGCCAGUCCCUUUGCUUUCGCUUUGCGAGGGGCCUGUGGGGGACCUCGCGAUAGCUCUCCGGGCAGAGCUUGGCUGGGAGGUACUGCAGGGGAUGCGGUCCAUCAGCCGCUGGCGGGCGGGCUUGGCGGGAGGUACUGCAGGGGAUGCGGUCCUGGGGCACGUUGGUGGGCGCCGCUCCUGGGCAGCCGUGCAGUCGUGCGUGCUGUGCGGAGCGCGGCGCCGCAGUCUCUCGUUUCACGCGUGCAGCGACUGCCCGUGGACACAGGCGGGACGGGACGCCUUCUGCUGGGGAGCAGGCCGGGGGCAGCAGGCUGGGCCGCGCCCCUCAGCCGAGUAG